AUGCCUCUGCCAAUAUGGACACCAGCAAUGACACAACCCCUCUGUGUCGUUCAAGUCGACAUUCCCGCUACUCUCAAGCGAAAGUCUAUACCAGUGGAGUUGGUGGACAUAUUUCCCCAUCCUGCGCUUGCUGAUGACCUGGAGCCUUUCGUUGAAGAAGACGAUGCCCAAGAUGGUUCACCACUUCGUCGAGUGUCAUGUCUGCCUCCUCCUACGCACGCGAAACUGUCUUUUUCGUUGUGCAACUUCGUCGGAUCUGGUCGCUCUGGUGUCGUCUUUGAGGUCGUCGACCCCGUGAUCGCCUCUGCAGAUUCUGACUCAUCUACGCCAUCACCUACUGGCUAUUUACUACCUCUUGUUGUCGAAGUCUCCAGGCAACUGCGUUGUCAGCCCGUCGUUCGUGAGGCCUGGUUCUAUGAGGAGAUGGAGUGCCUUCAGGGUAUUGCGAUCACACGAUACUAUGGCUGUUAUGAGCUGAGAUUACAGCAAGGAUGGCGUGUUCAUGCGUGGGACGACCCGCCGUGCCGCACUGACGACAAGAAAUUCGAUUAUGUCCCCGACUUUCGUCAAUAUCCUGUAUCGGCAUUGCGCGAGACCGGUAUAACACCUCACACUCUGUUGAUGGAUCUCGUCAAGGAGUAUAGUUCUGUCUACGUCACUGUCUUAGAACGGCUAGGGCCUAAAUUACCCACUGGCAUCCAGACCCUCCGGACGUGCGACAGCGAUGACAUUCUCGGUGUAUACGACAACGUCAGCGCCUUAGGCAUUGAGCUCGCGGGCGAUAUGACCUGGGACAACAUCCUCGCAGCGCCUCCCCUUCCCCUCGGCAUCCCCAGCUUGAAAUCGCGCUUCACGAACGGGACGCAUGCCUGGCGUGCGAUCGACUUUGAACGGGCUCAGAAGACGCCGUUGGCACUCCAGGCCGAACACAGCUGCUGGCUUGAUAAGAUAUAUUCGAACAUUAGCUAUUGGGGGCCCACUCCUACAGUCCUGCCCCAAGCCGUGACAGAGACUACAAUGUCCGACGAGAAUUAUACAGCUGUGUUGUGA